AUGUCGAUGGUUCGUCUAUGUGGAUUCUACGCAGAGUCCAUCCUAUGCCUACGUCAGUUCUACGCCGUGGCACUGCUAUGUGAUGUGGAUGGUAUGCUGAUGUCAACUCUAUGCAAGGUCUGUCCUAUGCCUAUGUCGAUUUUUAGCCAUGUCGAUGCUAUGUGGUGUCGAUGGCAGAAAUUGGUGGACAUAACUGUUAGAGGUGGCAGUUCCUAUGCUGAUGGGACGAAUUUCGAAUUCCUUUUAAAUCAUGGUAAACGUUGCGUCUACAUGGAAAAGGGGCGCUCUCACUUCGGUUUGUUGGUGGCAUGGAAUGGUGUUUUAGCAGCCAGUUCGCCAUCAGACGGCAAUGAUUUAGACGACUUGGGUGACGGUUUGGGUGCCGAUGCUGAUGGUCAGCUUAGUGAAAGGGACUCCAGCGUCGAAAGGGAUGGCGGUGGUCACAAUAGCCUCAAUGGGGGCACUUCUACUGUCAGUAGUCCUACUGGGCCACCGCUACAUAUGCAUACGACGCCGGGAAGUGUUGGGGGCCCUGCAAGUGGACCUAACCCAGCUUCUGCGGGCCCAAACGGGAACAACAGCAGUAGCGAAACCACGAAUUCGUCCACUUCGGCGGCACAGAACGACGAGAAUACUCCGGGGACUAAACGUAGAGGACCUCGCACCACCAUAAAAGCCAAGCAACUUGAAACCCUUAAAGCUGCCUUCGCAGCUACACCAAAGCCAACAAGGCAUAUAAGGGAACAGCUUGCGCAGGAGACGGGUCUCAAUAUGAGGGUUAUCCAGGUUUGGUUCCAAAAUCGAAGGUCAAAAGAAAGGCGGAUGAAGCAGCUGAGCACGCUGGGCGCCAGAAGACAUUUCUUUCGCAGUCCCAGGAGAGCGAUGAGGCCUCUUAGGCCCGGCAUGUCACCCGACGGUUUGGACGACAGCCCAGACAUGGUCUCGGGACCUAAUUCGGGUUAUGCCUAUUUUUCAG